AGCCAGUCCAGAGAAAAGAGGAAGAAAGUUUGACACAAAAGGCACAACUAGCCGGUUUCACCCAAACCUCAUUAAAAUAGAGGAAAAGAGGAGGACAUGCUGGCUCAUCAAGGACACUGUCACAUGACUGUCUCACAGGACAGACUCAAUGACAGCCACUGCUGCUCUGGGAUCUCUACCCUCAAUACUGACAUUGUGGCUUUAAAGUGGGCUUCAUUGUUGUUUGGAUACACUUCUGUGGAAGCAGACAAUCCAAGGACAAAGGGACAUCACUCUGCUUCGUCCAAGCCUCAAAUCCUCUGCAGGAUGUCUGAGGGAGACAUUACAGUGCUGCCAUUCGGACCUGCAUCUGUGGACCUGUCCAGGCAGGAGCACUGUACACUGACCAGACUGUACUGCCAGAACGGAGGAUAUCACCUGAGGAUUUUACCAGAUGGAACAGUGACUGGUGGCAGGCAGGACGAUGACCGUUACAACAUCCUGAGGCUGAAGUCUGUGAGCGUAGGAGUGGUGGUCAUCAAGGGUGAGCUGACAGGAAGGUACCUGGCUAUGAACAAAAAUGGAGGCCUGUACGGAUCACAAGCACUGAAUGAUGAGUGUUACUUCCUGGAGAAGUAUGAAGAAAACCACUACAACACAUAUUGCGCCCAGAAGUACAACUGGUAUGUUGGGCUGAAGAGGAACGGCCAACCCAAAGCAGGACCAGACACCCACCAUGGUCAGAAGGCCAUCUUUUUCCUGCCAAGGCCUGCAGGCAACAUGUAAAGCAAGACGGCACCAGUAACAAUGGACACGCUCACUGAAGUCUUUAAAUGCGCAAAAAAGUGAAAUUUUAUACUAGUUUAAAGGUCACUUUAAAGCAGUACAACAGGCCGGUAAAGCCUUUAAUGUUAAUAACCUAAAUGUUUGUUUACCCCUCUUGUUUAUGCAGGGGAAAUGCAGUCGGGCUAAGCAGCAUGUACCGUAUGUGAUCAUUACAAGGAUAUAAGCUGAUACCCAGAAUGCCUUCUGCCUAUAAGCACAUACCAUAUACACCUUCUUACCGCAGACAGAAAAUGUGUGCGGUAUCAGUGCAUGUCAGUCUUGAUAAAUGGGUGUUCACUUUGAACCCAAGUAUGAAAUACCACUGCUGGAAGCCAGCAAUGGACCACUUUUACAAAGAAAUAGUUUUACGAUUGAUCACGUCUAGCACAAAGGAAACAAACAAGGCAGUAAAAAUAAAAAUGCCGACCAUCUGCCAUUGAAUUUAAAGUCAAACAAACAGUCCAGUACCGGGAAUUGGUAGUAACAUAAUUAUUUCAGUGCCUUGCUUUUUUUCACCUUUAUUUAUUGACACACAGUUUUUCACAGACAUUCACACUUGGAAGCUCCCCAGUAUAGUCUGAUCUGCUAGCCACUGAGCAGCAGUUAGGGUUAAGGCCCUCACUCAAGGGCACCUCAGUGGUGGUAAUGAGGGAGGGGCAAGUACUGCUUUUCACUUUCCCCGCACAAAUUUAUCCUGCUGGUCUGGGGGACUGAAACAAUGACCUACCAGUCACAAGCUCACUUCCCUAAACUUCAGGCCCACGUUACUUCAGUGGGGCGGAUGUUGACUUCUGAAUGACAGUCGUUACUUACUUAUUUUUAAUUUGCUCAACCCUGUUUGAUGCCCAUUUCUGUAACCACUUGUGUUCUAUGUGGAAUUUUAUUUUAUGAAAGCCACAAAAGUUUCUUCACACAAUAAGAGAUAUUUCUGCUGGGGAUAAAACAGAUGAAAAUUUUAAACACACAACGAUUAAGUUAAUUAAGAUACUUUAAGUUUCAAUUUUAGGUCAAUAGACAAAGUUGAUAUGACAUUAUUUGAGUGAUAAAAUGCUGCUUUUGAAAAUAUCGCCCUGACAACAGUAACACACGUGUAUAAUGUCAAGGCAGAUGUGAAAACUUUGUUUCAGUAAUCAGUGAGGUUACUGUUGAGUUGUAUGUUCUUGGUGAUAACAAAUGCUCAAUGGAUUAUUUGAUUUUGGUUGUAAGGAGGCAGAGAUGGACCAAAUAUUGACCAUUCUGUCCUGGACCGCAGAAGUCACAAAAUGUUUCCUUUCACUGGGCAAAAUGGCUUCACUUCAAGGACCAAUAGAUCUUCCUGUCAACAUGAUUCUUAUUUUGUUUGUAUUUUGUUGCUACUGAAACAUUAUAUUAGAUUAACUUAAUGUUGUGAAUAUUUAUUUAAAGAGUUGAAUUGCUAAUAAAAUUAAUUGUUCUGAACAUUGUAAUGGACACUUAAAUAAAAUAAUAUUUUUUUCAUAAUGAAGGAGCAAAAAGGUAAUGUGAUUUACCUUUGCACAAAGUAAAAUUGAAUUAAGUGUAUUUAAAUGUAAGUCUGAAUUAUUAUAAAUAAAAAAAACUAUAAUUAUUGUUCUUCCUAAAACAUAGAGAUGUGAAUAAAUUUACAAACUUAUAACUGUGCAUAUGUAUCAUUAAAGGAACAAGCUGUGUCCAGUGUCCAGUACAUCUGUUGCAAAUCA